GGGAAAGGCAGAGAGAUGCACUGCAAAAUCCUGGCUUGUUCUGGGGAGGUGAGAAGCGAGGUAUGCAUUGCCCGUACGGUGCAGCGGUUGCUUGCUGGCUUCCAGCCUCUUGAGCCAAUUAAUUCGCCGUGCCGGCAGAGCUCAUCUUCCCACGGAGGUAGGAAAGCUGACCCAGAGAGAUGGAUGCAGCGAUGGAUAUAAGGGCGAUGGUGAAGAGCUAGUACCGUACGGAAAGCUGAAGUCCUUCUCGGCAUCUCUAACACUUCAUAAAUUGCAGGCAGGCUGAAGGCAGCGAGCCAGAUACUCUUGCAGAAAAUCUGAACGCUGAAGACAAGUGGAAAAUUUUUUUUUUUAGUGUUUUUUUUUCCCCUGUUGGUUCCAACGCUAUAUUUAGAAGAGAGCAAGAAAGAUCAAGCAUUUCUUCAUAGACCGUAGACACUCCAGUGUAUUCUUGCUCCUGGUAACAGAUGUCUCCUUUUGGGACGGUGCUCAGUUCCAUGGAGGGAUUUUCCUAACCUCAGCUCCUCCAAGGUAGAAGAGGAAAUCAGGUCAGAGCUACCUGAUCUGAAAUCCAGACCCGGGCAUACAGAAUAGCAGUAAGGAAUCGAGAGUAAGGAAGCUCACACUUACCGCAAGGUCACCAGAGCACUGACCAUGCCGGCCACAUCCACCCAAGUGCCGGGCCUCAGCCUUAGCAACUCCACCAGCACACCCAGCAUCUCAGAUAACAACAGCUUGUUCUACAGGUUUGUCCACCUGGAUAACGACCUAUACAAAGACUUUUACAGCUUGUGGAUAUCUUUGAUGGUCAUCAAUUCCAUCAUUUUCCUGGUGGGCGUGGUGCUCAACAGCUUGGCGCUCUAUGUGUUCUGCUUCCGCACCAAGACAAAAACCACCUCUGUCAUCUACACCAUCAACCUGAUUGUGACUGACCUACUGGUGGGCUUCUCCUUGCCCGUCCGGAUCAUCAUGCACUACAGUGCAAGGGACUGCUUGAAAUGCUCUUUUGUUCACAUAUUCGGCUACUUCGUCAACAUGUACUGCAGCAUUCUCUUCCUGACGUGCAUCUGUGUUGACCGGUACCUGGCCAUCGUGCAGGUGGAAGCCUCUCGGAAGUGGAGAAAUCCCACCUGUGCCAAGGGGAUCUGUGUCUUCAUCUGGAUCUUUGCCACGGUGGUGACAUUCUCUGUCCUGACCAUGGCAAUAAAGUUCGCCCACUGCUGCGUUGCCAAAAUCUUGGCCUUGAUGGUCUGUGAGUACUUCUUCCCGCUUGUCAUCAUCACCUUCUUCACCACUAGGAUCAUGUGUGCGCUGUCUAAACCCAGCCUCAUGCACCAGAGCCGGGAGAGGCGCAUGAGGGCUGUACAGCUCCUUAUCACCGUCCUCAUCAUCUUCAUGAUCUGCUUCACUCCUUUCCAUGUGCGCCAAGUGGCUAUUUCCAUCAACCCAGACAUGCCCAAGAGCAUCAGCCUGGUAGUUUAUCACGUGACGGUGACACUGAGUAGCCUCAACAGCUGCAUGGACCCCAUCGUCUACUGUUUUGUCACCAACAACUUCCAGGCAACCAUGAAAAGCAUCUUCAGGAAGACCGAGCUGGAGCAAACCAGCAUGGACAUCAUCAGUAUGAACAAGAAUUCCAAGGGCUCGGGCACAAAUGCAAUCAUUGCCUUCUCCAACACGAUCGGGAGCCCUCUGAGCUUGCCUUCCCCAAGCAAUACACAGAUCUAAUCAAGGGGCCAUAGUGCAGCAGGCUGGCGCACGGUCACUGGAAUACCACUGGGUUGGACAGUCCUAUUGCCCUUGACCUUGUGUUGUCUAGCAGGAGGUUUAAACCAAUUGUGUUGGAAUUUCUUCCUCAAGAACAUGCUGCUCUGUUUGGAAAGAGGAGCUCUCAGUGCUGUUCAUGCCAAUGCAAAAGAUAGUCUGCGACUGACUGCACAGGGCAGGAACGCUCUAUUUGCAUUUGAACACAAACGUCUUCCUCGUGCCGAAUCCAGUUCUGCCGGUGGUUUUGUUUACUGUUUCACACCGUGAUGUGUGGUGCUCGGACGCAGAAGAAGGCCAUGUUUCCUGUGAAAGCCUUCCCACCUUGGAAAUGUUGCUCUUGAGAAACAGAGAUGUUGCUGAGCUCUCCACUGGUUGAGUGACUGCCAAGAUUUUAGAUGCCAUGCAAGGAAAUGGAGAGGGACAAAGAAAGCCCAUGAGCAGCAAUUCAAAUGUCUCUGAAAUGUGCCUGGACUUUAUGGAAGAUACUGUAAAGCAAAAUAGUAAUAAUCCCUGACAAUGCAACUAUAAGGAAAGGAAGCAUUUGGUUUUUAUAUCUAAUAUAUAUAUGUGCAAGGAUUUUUUAUUCUGUUUGUUGGUGUUUAGUAUGUUCUGUAUUCAGAUUAGUCACUGGAAUCGCAGGUUUCCCUAAAUCUCAGACGGGCACAGAAAAAGUCUGUACAAACCAGUGCGAUUCCCUAAAAACUCUACUUACUCCUCUUGCUGCGAUAAUGAUGACAAACAGGACCAACAUGUUAAGUUGUAUUAUAUUAGGAUUUGCUAUUCCAACUCCCAUCUGGUUCUGUCUAAUUGAGCAUCUGUCCUGCUGAUACAAAUAAGGAAGUUAAAGGGAAAGGAAAAUCCACCUUAAAUAUGUAGGUUGAAAGUCACCUCCAUGCAAAGCCACUCACAUGAUUUAAUUCCCCAUGUUUGGGAUUUAAACAGUGCUCUCGUCUCUCUGCAGACCUUCCCUACAAUGCUGGCUGAAUGCUAUAUUAUUUCUCCCCUGUAUCACACCAUUAAAAUAAGGUAAGCAUGAACUAGCAUCUCAAAGAAACAGCAAGAGACAAGAGUCUGAAUGAAAAAUGCCAUCCCGAUGAUGAUGAUGGUGGAAGUUGCAGCUGGAAAAAUAUUCUGUUGAUUCCAGCUGGCUACAAAUGUUUUUCAAACAGAUCAGUGGAUCUAUACUGCUCCACCAGUUCCUGGUCUAAUGUCCUUCAAGCUGAAGGUGACCGACGGAAACCAAUGAAGAGUAUUUUAAGAAUCUGAAUGGAGUUUACUGGGAUUUCCAUUAGACAGUAUACUGUUCUGCAGGACAGUGCUUCAUUCAGGACCUGAGUUUGAAAAUAAUCAGCUGUGGAUAACGUGACUCUCUGCAUAGCAUAAGGAUCUGUUCCCGUCAGCUCUUCCAUGAGCUUCAUAAAGCUGCCAGCACCACCUCCUCCCUAACGGCCGAAGCUGCCGCUGCCUCCAGCCGGGGGAGCAGAGAUACCAUCCGCCUGCAAGAGCCCCCCACCAGAGCAACCCCAGUACCUGCGAAGAGGACCUGCACCUCACCGCUGGGAGCUGAGCUGGCUGCACAAAGCUGGAGGGGCAGCAGGUCAGAGG